CCGGUCACACUUUUCCAACUGUCCGAAGUCAUGACUGCCUCGAAACCGCAUAUUUUGAUUAUAGAGCCCUUCUACGGGGGCAGUCACAAACAGCUGAUUGACACACUGAUCGAGGGUCUCCGCGAAGAAGACUAUGAGUUGUUCAGCCUUCCCGCCAAGAAAUGGCAUUGGCGUGCUCGUACCUCCGCCCUGCAUUUCUCCCAGCUGAUACCCCUCGAUCACAAGUACCAGGUGCUAUUCGCCAGCUCCGUGCUCAGCCUGGCCGAGCUGAUUGGCGUCCGCCCGGAUCUGGGAACCUGCCGGAAGAUCGUGUACUUCCACGAGAACCAGCUUAUCUAUCCGGUGCGCGAGGUCAAGCAGCGCGACUGCCAAUACGGCUUCAAUGAGAUCCUAACCUGCCUGGCCGCCGACUUAGUGCUCUUCAACUCCCAGUUCAACUGCACCUCAUUCCUGGAUAAUGUGCAGCCCUUCCUUAAAAUCCAGCCAGACUUUAGGAUAAAGCAAAUUCGGGAGAAAAUAGAGAAGAAGUGCCAAGUGCUGUACUUCCCCGUCAAGUUUCAGCGAUUUCCCAACAGAAGGGACGGCCCAAAAGAAGAUAAUCCUGAUCCCAGGCAAGAUCGGGAGUGCCUCCACCUCAUAUGGCCACAUCGCUGGGAGCACGACAAGAACCCCAAGUUAUUGGCUGAGGCGCUGGACGAGCUCCAUGGCCGCAAUGUGGACUUCAAGGUGACCAUAUGUGGCGAGAGCUACCAGGAGAUUCCAGAGGCCUUCGUAGACAUCCAAGAGAAACUGGGGAGUAAGCUGGUAAACUUUGGUCACCUGGAUCGAGAGCAGUAUGUGAGGACCCUGCUCUCCGCGGAUAUUGUCAUCUCCACUGCUGACCACGAGUUCUUCGGCGUGGCCAUGCUGGAGGCCACCUACUGUGGCUGCUAUCCCCUGGUGCCCAAUAGGUUGGUUUACCCGGAGAUCUAUCCCAAGGAGAACCUGUACAACACCUCCAGCGCUUUGGUCAAGAGGCUCUACAACUUUUGUAGAAAUCCCAGGGUCUUUCGCACGCAGCGCGAUCAAUUUUUUGAAACUUUCAGUUUCGAACGCUUCUCGGCACAGCAACUUGUGCCAAAAUACCUGGAGUUCUUAAACGGAAGUAUAAGCUAGGGAUGCUUUAUGGGAAUCCUAACUAAUCUGUGUAUUUGAUAAGAAAACCUAUCAAUAUAUAUACAAAUCAUUGAUUGUAUUUCCUAUGAGCCUGUUUUCCAUUGUUAUUUUAUCUAUGAUUGUAAAUUUCCUGACACAAUUCCAAGUUUGUGUUGAAAACAACCACCUCUCACUUUAAGCAUAUUUAUUUAUUAAAUAUACGAAAAAAAUGGGAUACAAUUGAAGGUGUGUGUAACCAAUAAUGCAAUAAAUGUAGUAUUUAAAUCAUA